AUGAAAUCGUUCAUAGUACGAACACGCGACGUUUGCAUGUUUGUCAUGUCUAUGUGCGUAGUUUCUAGUUGUUGAAGCCAAAAUUACAACUCAAUAUAAUUAAUGAAAAUGUUUAUUACGUGAAAAGUGUGUAAACAUUUGUAAACUGAGUGGAAGUGUACAAGUGAGCUAUCUGAUAUACAUGACCUGUUUGCAGAUUGAAAAGAGGUGAAUCAUGGAGGCUGGUGGACGAAAAUCAGACAAUGCCAAUGAGAAUGCCUCAAAUGAGUCUGUUUUACAUUGUCAACCGUGCCUGCAGGACGGGAGGGAACUAAACGCUAACGGUUUCUGCAAAAUUUGCAAGGAGUUUAUGUGUGAUCCUUGCAUAUCUGCCCACAAGAGGUUCGCCAUGUCAAGAAAUCAUGUAUUUCUAACGAAAGAUAAAAUGCCUUCUUUUUAUAUGAACAAAGACAAAGCUGAUUUUCUGCCUACCGAACCGUGUCUUGAACACAGAAGUGAAAUGAUAAAGUAUUAUUGUCCAACCCAUGAUGACUUUGGAUGCUCAGUCUGCAUUGUGUUACACCACCGAAAUUGUAAGGUUGAGUAUUUGUUAGAGACAGCAAAACAAUACAAAGAGUCCGAGGAGUAUAACACACUAAACGAAAACAUUGCACACAUGGAAACUGUGCUUUCCGCUUUGAACAACGAAGUAAACGAUUCCGAAGCGUUCGUAACAGAAAAUACAAAAGAAGAAAUACAGAAACUGAGGAAUUUCAGGGCAGAGAUAAAUCUUGUUCUAGAUACAAAAGAAAAUAUGUUGCUGAAAGAUAUGAAAGAAAAUGAGAUCAAACAAAAAGAGAUACUUUCAAAGUUGAGAGUUGGGAUAACAGGCUUAAAACAGACUCUAGCGGAAACGACAACAGGCAUGCAGACGACACAAAAUCAGUUACCUCAGCACUUCAUUCAUGCAAAAAUGGCCAAGAAGCAGCUUGUGAAGUUGCAAGGAGGAUUAAAUAAGAUCAACGCAGAGAUAAUUUUGGACACGUCAGUUCGUUGCACAUUUUUGACAGACGAACUCACUAAAUCUCUGAUCAACUCUUCAGACAUCUUAGGACGUGUCGACUUCUCCAAUGAAGGAAUAACAUCAGAGACAGACAUCGAUCUAUCUACUGUGGAAUGGACAAAAGAUACCGAGCUGGACAUUUCCUGCACAGAAGACACAAGCCGAUCCUUGAUAACACGUUCCGCUCUUGUGGAACCAGGAAAAUGUCUUCUGGCCGACAAUUUAAAUGCAUGCGUAACACUUGUAGAUAUUAACGACAACAAAGUAUUGUCACGCAUUGAACUGCUUGGACGCCCUUGGCAGAUGUGUGCUCUCCCUAGCGGUCACGCAGCUGUUGCUCUUCCAAAUGAAUGCAAAGUACAAUUUAUGAGCAUUGCAAACGAUUUAGUAAUUGCUGGUGCACAUAUUGGCGUAUCCGGUUCAUGCUAUGGGCUAGCAUACAAUGAUAAAAGCCUUUUUGUAUCCUGCGUACACGACGAAGAAGCACCAGCAGACUACUAUGUAGAAAGAUUAACGAUAACUGGAGAAGUGUUGCAAUCAUUUACAACAAAGAUUGGAUUUGCACGAAAUAUAACCGUUAGCUCUUCCUCAAUUUACUUGUCUGGCUUAAUGCGUAUCCUUCAACUUGAUUUCAACGGAAGUUUACUGAACACAUAUGAUGAUCCGUUGGUAACAUUGUCAUCUGAAUCCAUCAACGUCGGAAAGGAACGAAUACUAGUGUUAGCUCGCCGUCAAUGUCAUAUAGUUUUGAUAAACGGAAAGGAGAGGAACCUGAAAGUUAUCUUAUCGUUAAAAGAUUUUGGGUCCCUGAAUGACCCGCACAAUUUAUCAUUUUGUCCAGUGAGCAGAAAACUUCUAGCUGGAUUGGAGGUCUUUAGUGCUGUCAUUUAACAUUAGUUUAAACUAUUUUGAUUGGUUCAAUAUAUCUGUAGGAUUGUUGGUACGUUACCGAUUGUUUUAGGGUUUGGUGUUGAUGGAAUUAAAUUUUGUACAUCUACAUAAUUAUGUAAACCAAGAACGCAGCAAGACAACUAUAUGCCUAGCAGUAUAACAGUUUAAGUAAUCUCUAGAGGCGGGAGUAUCAUAUUACUUAAGCUAAUCAUUAAAUAUCAGAACACCGAUCAUGCGGGAAAAGGUCAUGUUACGCAUCAUCGUAAAAACUACGUUAAGAAAGAAAGAAACGUGAAUUAUUAAAUAAUGUUAUUUAUCUCUUUCAAAAAUACACAAAAAACAUUCUUUUAUUUGAAAGAAAAAUAAGAAGAAGAUCUAUCUAAUGUAAAAAGGUAAAUCUGCGACAUCAAUGAUGUUUACCUGUUUCUUGACGUUUAUAAAAUCAUUUAUAUUUCUCUAGAAAUUUAAGAUUUAUUAUGCAAAGAAAACAUCUGAUAAUGUAUGGUCAUAUGUAAGGACACUGUAUAAAUUACCGCACUGUAGACUAGAAUAUAUUCUUGUUUCGAUGUCUGUGAAGUUAGCCUAUGUAACCGAUUUAGCCUAUGUAGCCUGUGUAGUAAACAGGCUGCACGUUGUCACGUAACGGAGUUACGUAUAAAACACUUUAAAGUAAUAACAAAAAAUCAAAAGUAGACUUCAAAGUUUAUUUGGAACGAAAAACAAAUAUUUCAUCAUAAUUAUCAAAGAUAGAUUUGUAUGUAAAUUGCCUAGACCUAGCUGUCGACAGAUCGUGAUAGCCGCUGGCUAUUAGUCCAAUUACCUUGACAGUUCAUGACUGUAAAAAGACGUUCUUUGUAUGUAACCAGAAAUUAAAUGGGUGGUUGUUAGGCACGCCUGUCAAGAGCUAUGAGUAUAUAUGAAAGCAUGUUGGAAAUAUAGUUAGAGACAGGUGGGUUAGGAAAGGCAAUGGAAGCGGCCUUGGGUCCUUAAUGGACGGCAGUUAGGAUGUGGGAUUACCUUAAAUGUCAUGCUGUAUUAUAUACUGAUUAUUGUACUUAGAAAGAACGUUGAACAAUAAAGAACUAAUA